AUGUACGUGUAUGAUCAAUCUCUCUAUUUUCAAAUUCUUAGCUAUCCAUUGUUACCGUAUUGUAAUCGUGGAUUUCAUCAGAUCACCAAUGCACUAUACGCAGACCAUGCAGACGUCGUUCCUGUGGAGAUUGAAAGCCUUUGUAUGAAAUGUGAAGGAAAUGGAGUAACGAGGCUGUUGAGUACAUCAAUACCUUACUAUAAGACGAUAAUCAUAAUGUCUUUUGAAUGCCCUAAUUGUGGGUACAAGAACAAUGAAAUCCAAAGCGCUGAAGCUGUACAGGAACAUGGUACUGAAGUUAUUUUACGCGUACUAAAAGAAGCCGAUCUCCGCCGACAAGUUGUCAAGUCGGAGUAUGCUUCUAUUGAAGUGCCAGAGCUGGAGCUUGUGAUACCUGCGAACAGUCAACCAGGAGAAGUUACAACAGUUGAAGGAAUUUUGGAAAGAGUACACUCGGGACUUUCGCAAGAACAGGAUAAAAGAAAGGAACUCGAUCCCGAAAAUGCUUCAAAAAUCGAUACUUUUCUUUUACGCUUGCAAGAAUUCAAAGGUCUACAGCGAACAUGGACUUUAAAACUGCGCGAUCCUACAGGGAAUUGUUUUAUUCAAAACCCUGACGCACAACAUGUCGAUCCACGGUGUAUUGUCUCUCACUACCAUCGUAGCUUUGAAGAACAAAAACUUUUGGCAUUAGCGGAUGAUGACUGCGAAGAGCCAGAACCAACUCCUGAAUGGAAAUCAUUUGACGACGCCAAAAGAGAAGUCCUUCAUUUUCCCAUCGAGUGUCCAAACUGUGGAUCACCCACGGAAGUCCUUAUGAAGCCAACAGAUAUCCCAUAUUUUCAAACUGUUAUUAUUAUGGCCUUGAGCUGCGAUAACUGUGGACACAAAACUAACGAGGUGAAAAGCGGAGGAUCCAUCAAGGAUCAUGGUUGCCGGUUAUCCGUAACAAUUAAAGAAAGUGCAGAUUUAUCCCGGGAUGUUCUAAAAUCGGACACAUGUUCAAUGUGUAUUCCAGAACUUGAUUUGGAGAUUGGACCAGGUGCAUUAUGUAGCCGUUUCACAACUGUUGAAGGCCUCUUGUCGGCUACUCGAGACCAGCUAUCCGUUCAAUCAUCGUUUUUCAUGGGUGAUAGUGCUGCUAGUAAUGAACGAAGUCGGAUGGGGAAAUUCCUUGAACAGUUCGAUGAGAUUUUAGCUUUAAAAAGGUGCGUCACAUUGGUUUUGGAUGAUCCUGCUGGCAACAGUUAUAUCCAGAGUCUGAAUGCUCCUCUCGAGGAUCCAAAUUUACGGAAGGAGUUUUAUGAACGGACUUUCGAGCAAAACGAUGAAUUGGGUUUGAAUGACAUGAAGGUAACAUUCUCCUAUUUAUCUUCUACAGCCUUGGCCACUAAAGACCAAUGCUAA